AUGACUUGUCAACUUCCGGCCACAACCGAGACUCUUUCCGGUGAGCUGCCAACUAGUGGCGAUUACCAAAAGGGCGUCAAGUACAUUACUGAUAUGUGGCCUAACUUACCCAACCUACCUUCAGAAUAUGUUUUGCCAUUAACCACUAAUCCAUUAUUAGUCAGCCAUGCUUCAAUUCCUGUCGUCGAUUUAAGUGGUCUCAAUGGAUCCGCUGAGUCUAGAAUGAGGACUAUUCAGGCCAUCGAUUCUGCCUGUGCCGAGUGGGGAAUCUUCGGGGUUGUUAAUCACGGGAUAAAGAUCUCUCUAAUGGAGGAAAUGCUGGAGGCCGUAGUAGGAUUUUUCAACCUCUCUUGGGAAGAGAAGAUGAAAUAUAAUACACAUGAAUAUCCAAUGAAUCUACCUUCUGCUGGGUAUGGAACAAGCCUGCAUACAUCCUCCAAGUAUUCUAUAUGGAGGGACUAUAUGAGGCAUCAUGGUCAUGGCCGUCCUCAUCAUAGUAGCUCUAAUCUUUGGCCUAGCAGUCCCUCUAACUACAGGAACAUAGCCAAGGAAUUCAUAGAGGAGGUUUGGCAGAUGCAACUGAAGAUAGCAAGUGCAUUAUCAGAAGCUUUAGGACUUGACAGUGAUUACAUAGAGAAGUCACUUGGAGGAGGUUUUCAAGUGGUUGGUUCUAAUUAUUAUGCUCCAUGUCCAGAGCCACACCGAACACUUGGGAUACCAGACCAUUCUGAUCAUGGUGGACUUACAGUUUUGAUGCAAAAUGACGUUGAUGGCUUACAAGUUGAACAUGAUGGAGAGUGGGUAUCUGUUGGAAUCCUGCCAGGGUCUUUUGUUGUCAACAUAGGAGAUUACAUGGAGAUUUUGAGCAAUGGAAGGUACAAAACAUUGAAGCAUCGAGGUGUGACAAAUAAACAAAGAACGAGGAUAUCAAUAGCCGUGGGCAAUGGGCCUGCGCUGUCCUCCACAGUUGCACCUGCAAGUCCACUGGUGGAUGAGAGGAGUGAGAUCAAAUACCACAAACACAUCACCUACAAAGGGUACAUGGAACUACAUCAAAAUGGCACCACAAGAGGAAAAACCCCAAUGCAAGUCAUGAUUGACCUACAAGCCGACAAAUGA